AUGCUAUCACGCUUCAGAAACCACAAAAACAAGAGAAAAGGGGGCUAUUUCCUGAAGAAUGGAGCUGUGAUGCUGGAACAGCUCAUCCAUUCUUUUAAUGGGAAUUGUAAUCCGAUUCGGAUGUACUUUGGAAAAGAGCUCAAGAAGGCAACAAACAACUACAACUGGGAUAGAAUGACACAUGAGAAUUGGAACUUCCAACUGUACAAAGGAGUUCAUGACGAUCAUGAAAUUCUAGUGAAGAAGUUUGAAGGAGACUCAAAUAGUUGCAUGGACCCUCUAGAACUAAUUACAAAUGAAGCUGCUAUUGCCUCAAACAUGAGCAAGCAAAAGAAUGUUUUGAAGCUCUUGGGCUGCUGCCUUGAGACUGAGUUGCCUACUCUUGUUUAUGAAUUCCCAGCAAAGGGAAUUCUCUCCCAUCACAUCUAUAGGGGCAGUCAAUUGCUAAAAUGGCAGACUAAGCUAAAGAUUGCAGUUGAAGUAGCAGAUGCAGUGUCAUAUCUCCACUAUGGCACGAGAAAGAGGUUCAUCCAUCGACAUAUAAAGACAGAACAUAUCUUCUUAGACCAAGACUAUGUUGCCAAAUUGUAUGAGUUCCAAACCCCCGUACCAAUUCCCUGUGGUGAAACUCAUGUUGAUGCCAAAGUGUUCGGGGCUCCACACCACUUUGCUCCACAACUAAAAAUUUCGGGGGUGUUAUAA